GUGAAUGUGUCAUGCUCAAAAUAUGCAUCUAAGUGCUCUCUUACUUAUGCGUAGCAGCUGAUCUCUCACGUUGUGAGCGAGGCAGUGGACGUAGGCAGUGCUGGCGUGCUCGAGCUUGCUCUGGACUACUGACAAGUAGAACUGCCUUCUGGCCUGGACAGCAAGGUUUCUCCUUCCACGUCGAAAAGCACCUAGCCAGCAGAUCGUCGCUGAGAUUUUACCUUUUGUAGUCUGGAAGACCAUUCUCUUGUAGAUCGACCAAGCGCUUGCCUUUCGGACGCACUCCACCCUCCCUGGCGCGCAUGUAAAGCCGUAGGGAUGGCGAUAUCAACGCCUGAAGCGGCGUUACUGCUUAAUCUAGGCUUACGCAGAGGUCAAAUCGCGUACCAUGGUAUUUUCACCGUCAGAGUCGAGGAUGAGAUUGGCCGUGGUUCGGACGCUGAUGUGUAUCGAGUAGUAUGGCAAGGCAUACCGGUAGCCGCAAAGGUGUUGCACCCCAGACAUGAUCCAACUGAUGCGGAGGGGAGAGAUAGGAACCUGCGGCGAUUUGGCGCUGAGAUAGCAAGACUGUCUCAACUGCACCACCCUAACUUGUGCCAAAUUCUCGGUGUUGGAGUCACUGCCGAUCGUUAUCUUCCAGUGUUAGUAGUUGAGCUAUUCGAUCAUACACUUUGUCAAUGCAGUGUCGGUGCAGAUCGGUUGGACAGUGUCGCCCUGCUAUCGUUCCUGGCGGACGCUAUGGCGGGUGUUCGCUAUCUCCAUAGCAGAGAUCCCCCUGUCAUUCAUCGUGACCUGACUUUGCGGAAUGUGUUGAUCAAGGGCCAGAUCGCAAAGCUCUGUGACUUUGGUUGUGCGCGACCCCGACCAACAACAAAUCCUGAGGAUUUGGUUGGCUUUCUUCCAGAUCUAACGGCAUGCCCAGGGAACGUGCUGUACAUGGCGCCGGAGGCUCUGCAAAACCCUCCGGUGUACAACGAAUCGCUCGACAUAUUUUCGUUUGGUGUGCUGGCCACGAGCGUCGUGACAGGAGUUGAACCGUCGGCAGACCUGCACACCUCACCAAGGACCAUCCGACAGAUUGUGCAGCGAGCAGACGGAACGAGUGAGGAGACCGUCACGGCUAUCACCGAAGUCGAGCGGCGCGGCGUUGGUGAAGGAAUACCAGACGGCCAUCCACUCAAGCCUGCAAUCUUUCGCUGCCUGGCAGUUGUUGCGGAAGAACGUCCCAAGGCUGAGGAGCUGCAUGAGAUAUUGCUGGACACUGUGAGGGUGGCACGUGGUUUGUCUCCGCCUCAUCUGCCCAAUGUACCACCAGCUGUUGUACGUCACCUCGACUCUAUCUCCGAACAGCUAACCCAGCAAGCAACGGCCAUCACCCAGCUAUCGUCACGCAGUGAAGCCAUGGAAGAGCAGCUAACAGCCAUUAGCCAAAGUCAAAAGACUACAGAACAAGAACAGACAACAACACGACACCACAUUGCAGCCAUCCACAGUGAACAAAGUGGAAAUUACCAAAGAAUGACAAAUGUUAAUGAAAACCAGGCAGUGGUGCAACAGCAGAUUAGCAGUAUCCGUGAUGAGCAGAUCACAACAAGCAAUCGACUUGACACUUUGACUCAACAACUCGCCUUAACAAACGACCGUACUGCACAAAUAACAGAACAACUUGUCUCUACUAACAGGCAGGUGACAACUUCCGUGAUGGAGCGCUUGGAAUCUUUCCAAGGUCAGAUAUCCUUGGUCAGUGAACAGCUGUCCAGAUUGUCUGCCACAACUUCACAGGAUGAGGACACUGAUGGUAGACGGCGACCUGCAGUUACUGCUGCUCCAGCAGCUGCUACGCAACCGAAUUCCGCAAGAUCUGCUGCUGGUGACGCUUGGGAUGGUCCCUCUGCUGCUGCGCCUGCUUCUGCCUAUGCCGCACUCCCCCGUUCCGUACAAGCCAACGCUACACGAUCCAAUGCUGUAACCGUAAGGACCAAAGGUGCACGCCCUGCUGUUCCCUGUCGCCCGACCUUUUUACCUGCAGGUUUCUCUACAACCAAUUCAAGAUCAGCGCCCUUCAGCGGUGUCGGACGUUCUUUUGCCGCCAUGUUUCGUCGUAGCAGUGCUGCAGCCAGGCCAGUGUCUAACAAUGAUGUGGUUCUUGCUAAUACCACCGCUUUUCGUCGCAGCGGCGCGCCCCUGUAUGCAAGACCCAAUGGCAAUGCAGCACCACCCGGCAUUGCAAGACCCAAUGGCAAUGCAGCACCACCCGGCAUUGCAAGACCCAAUGCUGGAACGCGCCCUACAGCCUCACUACCUGCUGCUGCUGCUGCUGCUGCCAGUACAGCUACCUCAGGAUCAGCAUCCACCAGCAGUACCACUCUUGCCUAUGCCACCGUUUCUCGUCGCAGUGCGGAUGAUGCUCCUGCUGCACAAACUGAACGAAGACUAUUGUCUCCGCCAUUGAGUACGCUAACAUCGGAACAGAUUGCACAUAUCAGUAACACAAGACAGUGGAGGACCAUGGGACCAGCAAUGGAACGUGCAGGCGAAUAUUUUCGCCGCAAGGCUAUCGCACACAACGGCACACUUGUCAUUGUGACGUGUAGUCGCUUCGGAAUGGUCGCCAGUAUAGAAAGGACACAGGACCUGCGCACAUGGCAUCGCAUGGACCUACCCAGCGAGUACAGCAAGGUGAGCGACCCAUCACUUGCGUCCCAUGAUGGCCACCUUUACAUGGUUGGAUACAAGUACACCAGCUUUGGACGGGCCCCGAAAAUCCUGCGCCACAGCGAGCCGCAAGAGACUGCGGCGGCUACUGUGGAUUGCGCUCACCCUGGUCAUUGGGAGGAGGUGAAGGAUCGGCCGACACUGGCAGGUCAUCGAGAGUGUGUGCUGCAUGUGUCUGAUGACUCCAUUAGUCUGAUUGGUGGCACGAGGGGCAUUGCUGGCCGCUGGGGCAGUGGCGGCAGGCGUGUGAGUGUGUGCUCGCUGCUUAACCAGCAAAGGGAGUCAUCCGAUUGGCAUCUCAAACUGAUCGACUCGGCGACGCUGCCCCAGGACUGCAUCAAUGCAUCACUGGUAUUGUGUGGCAACACAUUGUACUUAGUCGGUGGCUACGGCGGCUGUUUCCUCAAACGCAGCGCAGGUCAGUGGGUGAGUGAGCAGCCCCCGCGCGAUAUUGACCUACACUGCAGUGCCGCGUGUGCUCUAUCUGCUCAUAGCAUGGCUAUUGUGCGCAGCACUGCUCCCGCCUUGUGUGCUGUAUAUCAUAUUGCAUCAGGUCAGAUUAGGCACCUGCCUGUGCCCACCGGUGGUCGUUUUAAGCCGACAUCUCUAGCACUUCAUGAUACUACUCUGGUGCUAUGUACCGACGAUUGUGGUGAUGGUGGUAUUUCAACCCUCGACAUUAGUGUAUGAGCGCAUCCACAUAGAUCCUACACAUGUACCCACAACGCACCCCCC